AUGGCUGAUAUGACUUUCACGGAGUUAGAACCGCUCGUGCGGGCGCGCUAUCCGGACUUACCUCUCCAAGAAGCCUAUGUCAAAUAUUUGGAUAACGAGAUCAUACCUAUCCUACGACACGUUGUGCAACAUUGGCCUGAGCUGUUGCAGGCAGGCGGCACCUUCUUUGGUUACCCGUUGGCUGUUCUUUUCGGCCAGAUUGGCCGCAUAGGCACGAACAUCGCUGCAGACGCCUCGACACCCGGAGCCGGCAAUGCCACCGCAAAUACCAGUGAGCCUUUGAAUAUGGCGACCAUGCUGGCUGCGGACACAUUUGGAAGAGCGGCCCUUGAUACAGUUUCUCAUGGCGCCGAGGCCGUGGCCGCAAGUGCCCAAGUUGCAGUCGAGAGCAUGGAAAGAGUUGCCGAUUCAGCAGACCAGGUGGUCAGGCAUGUCCAUGGUAUCCAUGUCAUUGGAAAUUCGCUCGUCGAUCAUAUCAACUACUACGGACGUUGGAUGCAGAAGUUCUCAGCUAUCCAAAUUGCCCAGGGGUACCAGGUAAUCCAGGCCCUGGGCGACAUUGGAAAGCAUCUUGGCGAGACAAAUGGUAUCACCGUGUCGGGAAGCGGAGGCCCCGACGGCUUUGCGAAACACGUCUACGACUUCGUCAAAGAGAGAAUUGGUGUGAUCCGGAAGGCGGAAAGGGACAAUCAUCGUUUCUUUGUCUACCAUCCUGACACAGACUGGCAUCCAGCAUUUUAUCGACUGAUCACGGAGACACCUCUUCCGCUUACGUUUUGUGCUAAGUCAGAUGACUUGGACAAAUUAUGUCAGUACAUGCAAGAGGUUAGGGCACAAUUGAAAAGGGAGUCGGGGCGUGGACAAGACAUUAUCUUGCACCUGCUCAUUCCCUCAUGGUAUUCCAUCUCCUUCAAGCGGCCCUUGCAUUUUCCCGAUUGCCUCCAGCCAUUCAAAGUUGAGGGACAGAAGCAUAAGCUUAAGGAGUAUGUCGAGUUCAACCUUCCAGCAGCGCCUGCUAGUCUUUUGGACGGUGUUGCGAACGUUCUCGACCCCAAAGGCUUGAACAAGAUAGCAGCAGGAGUUUCAACCGCCACGACACUACCGGUGGUGGGCUGGGGUAUCAACGGUGCCUGUGCCGCUGUCGGUGUUGGCCUAGGUACACUCACAGGAUUGGGAGCGUUAGUUACCAUUCCGGUCUGGGUCUGCACCGCAAUGCCGGCUAUGAGUGUGGCAGCACCAGCUAUCCAAGAAACUGUGUAUGAUGCUCUCUGUGAAGAAGCACCAAGAGUGUUGGGGUCCACCCGACGCCUGAACAUGGAAGGAAGACGUUGA